AUGAGGAGCGCUGUGUCGUCAACGUGCAGCCCUUGGACUUUGAACGCCAUGGUGGCCUCAUGCACGUUGGGGAAAACAUGUGGACUGGGGGCGAUCAGCUGGCCACACCCGAGACUCGGAGCGGCCUGGCCCAUGUACAUCAACCGCUCACGAUGGUCAUCGAACAGCAGGACGAAGAGACUUGGUGGGUACUGCUCUCAGCUGCUCACCACCUCAAGCCGACGCCAUGGAUGA